AUGCCUUCUCUCGUCGGUCUCAUCCAGACGGAGCAACGGGUUAUGGAAGUGAGAGGGGGGGGGGGGUUGCAGUUCAUCGGAUUGGAGCGGGUUUCGAAUCCCAUAUUUUAUUUGUAUUAUUUCCGUACUGUGUCCCUCCAGUCGACGCUUCGACUGUUCGGACGGGAGGGGACAAGGGGAAAGACGGAGCGAGAAACGGCAGAAGACCAAUGGCAUGAGGACAGACGGUCGCCGGGCUGUAUCAGCAAGCUACCUGAGGUACGUCUAGAAAUAGCUAGUAAUAAUGGGAGUUUACAUGUCAUCAUCAUGCCUCAGCCGGAGGACACUCCUACCUCUCCCCCCCCCACCUUCUCUCUCUUUUGGUUCUGGUCAUGA